UCGUGAAAGGUUGGGUGUUAUCGGUCUGUCUGCGUGUAGUCCUCACUGGGCGUUUUAUUGUGUGUUUGCGCUUAAUUCUGGUGCUGCGGUUGGUCUUACCGUGCUUUAGACACCCCUACACUUGCUGCGGUCCAUGUGUAGACUGAAGUUAGGAAGCGUGUGGAUUAUGUAUUAUAAUACCAAUCGUAAGCAAAGCUAGAACACUCGGAGGAACAAUGAAUCAGCAGCAUCAUGGAGACGCGAUUAUCGCACGAUAUUGCUAAAGUGAACAGGCGCUGAAAGGUCCAUCAGGCAACUGCAACUCGCAUAAAGUGGCGGCGGAGGUGAUGCUGAAGUGGCUGGUGACGCGCGGCCCGACCACCAGCCCCGUUCGGGAGGUGGUCACCGACGAUCCUCUCGCCACCCUCAAAGUCAAGACCAAGGGAAACAGCCACGAAAUCUAUGCCGUUUCCAGGGUCAAUCCUCUCUACCACGAUGAGGAGUCGGAGAGUACUGUAACUGUGCAUGCUGAAGAUGAGGAGGAGGAGGAUGAAGAGGAUGACGACGCUGGUAAAAAUGAAGAUGGAAGCAAUCAAGCCAAAGUCCUACCUGAGUCUCCUCCGACAGAUCGAGGGUCAGUCCGUUCGUCAGGUUAUGGUUCCAAGGAAACCGACUCGGUAUCUGAAAGGUCUGAUGGACAGGAGGACGAUCUUCUUGGAGGUGAGACAAAUGCGGAACCAUUACCAGCUCUCCAAGGCAAAAGCAAACAUUGCUUUUCCAGUGGUGCAAGUCACCUAGAGUUAAGAAAGGAAAAAGAGCAAUCAGAAGUACAUCGCCAAGCUCAGCCAUUGCAGUCAGUAUCAGUGGUUCACAAGUCCUUCGAAGAUUUAUCUACACAGUACUCCUACUUUCCGAAGGUCAUGACCUUGGGGAAGAAGUCCGUGGCGACCAUAAUCAACCAACACUCACAGUUUGUGCACAAUAUCGAGGUUGGGCUGCGUCGCGUUAAAUCCUUGGAAAUUAUGCAUCGUCAACAAAAAACACAUUUGAAUUCAUCAACAGUGCCUCGCCCAAUCUGGCCUCGUGUAAGUGGCCUUGUGGAAGAUCUCCAAAAGGAAGCCAGCAAAAGUGACGCCCCCGGUCAGAAGCAAAAUGCACUUGAUAUUAUCAAGCAAGAUUUACGAUAUGUAACGUCCAUAAAUGUACUUCCACGUCGUCUUCGCUCACGCACUAAGUCAGUUAAUCAGAUUCUAGGAAAGGGUGGCAUCUAUAAUGAGUUUCCCGAACACAUUCCGUUUAGAGACAUAGAGGACUCUGAUAUAUCCAGAUACUUCAGGAAUGAUAACCAAAGUUCUGGUUACCAGCUUAUGUCACUUCAUCCAGAUUCUUUAGUUUCUGAAGACACACUUCGUAUGAUGAGGUAUAGCCAGCAUGAGGACCUCUUUCCUGAGGAGGAUGAUCUUGAGUCGGCAAUUCAGUUUACUUCAAGAGAAUCCCCCCUGGUGAUGCCAGAUUUCAGCCAAGCCAUGUAUACAAGAGGACUUUAUGCGACACUGAAUAGAGCAGCUUCUCUUAACACCAAAGACAUUGUCAAACCCCCUUAUAAAAACAAAAGCAGAAGCUUUGAUAUUACUCAUCGAAGCUUCAAAUCAAGUGCCAAAAAAAAGGGAUUGGCAAAUGUUAAAGACCUUUGGGAAAAGAGUGGACUAAAGACAAAUGGUAGAAAACUUUUAGUGGAUGUUAGUGAAGCGAUAUCCAGCAAGGGGGAGGAUCAUGAUGAAUCACAGAAACAAGCAUUCAGCGGCAGCAAUAUGCAGCAGCUAAAAAGCCUCGAGUCUAUCCUCAUGGUUACUGAAAGUCGAUCCGCGAAGUUGGAUAGCAACGACACUGUUUUAACGAUGCAAAGUUCCCACACUUAUGAAGACCUCACCAGUUUUGACAGCAAGUAUCCUAGUCAUCCAAAUACCGAAUCCAUGGAAAGCAAGUCGUCUGGUACAUACGCUGAAAUAGGCGACAUUAUUAUAGAAGGUAUUGAUAACCCCGCUUUCCUUGGUGACGACGAGCACGCUGAAUAUACCAGUGCACAGCCUUCCGCUCUCGUAGAUAACGGGCAGAAAGCAACUAACAAGAAAGUGUUAGACCCGGACAGACUUGCACAGUUUAAGAAAAAAAUUAAUGAAAAAUUACAGGGUGCCCCACUGCACCGCAUGCAGUGGCUGGAUCUUGAUGAAAUAGUAAUCGAUGACAUUGGAGAUAGACAGGAAAGAAGGGUUAAAUUUACUGCAGACACCUUCAACCCGAACAGCAUGAGGCGGGAGGUAGGAGGCAGCCAUCAAGACCGACCGUUUCCAGGCGCAGUUCUCAGACAAUAUCCAACUGACAAAGACAACGCUUUGGAAGAUAGCAGCCCUCAGAAAGUUAGCCAAGACUCAGGUGAAGUUGGCCGAAGGGGUAUAUGGACAACUUCCGAGAGCUACCGAGAAAGAUUCCAGGAAGCUCCCAAAGGUACAGUGGGUCGAGAGAGGCGGCAGCAAUUGUGGGAGUCGUACUAUGGCAUGGGAGGGCACAUGGACCGCACGCUCCCGAGGCACCUGGCUCCGCACCCGAACAGCAAGGCGCCCUUCUGCGGGAAGCCUGGGAACUGCCAUGACUUUACCCUAGACCUGUAUCGCGCAGCGAAGCUACGGAAGCGGUCGGAGGCGCGGCGGAGGCGGCGUAGAUGCUACGCCGCCGUGCUGAUCGUGGCGGCGCUCGUGGCCUUCCUCGGGGCCGUUGUCACCAUCUCGUGGUACUAUACAGGCGGCCAGAAAUUCUUCGGCUCCAUGUAGUGCGACGUCUCUUCCGCAGCUCCAAAUCUUUCUUGUUUGAUUCUGGAGAUAAACGUUUUAUAUACUUUUACAGGUUAAUCAGUAAUUAGACCUUUUAUAAUCUCGAAACCAACAUUUGCAUUCUUCUAGGUAACUCCUGUAGUGGAUACUGUAAUAUUUACUGCAAUGUGUGAAUAGAUAUUGUUAUUUACGUUAUAAAUUAUGCAGAUAAUACAUUUGAUCUGUAAUGUCUGAAACCUGUUAGGCUGAAACCAGAACACAACUGUCUGGACUGUUAUAGUAUAUACUAAGAAAAAAGCUAGCUUGUACAGAACCGUCACCAACAUUAGCUGACGUGAUACCUACUUUAUGAGAGGUCAUAAAUACCCUCUUCAUCAUAUAGAUUAGCCAUGAAGUGUAUAAACUAGCUAGGAAUGACAUUAUGUAUAUGUGUAAUUAUACGUUGUACAAUUGUGUAAAACGCCAUGUGAUGAUAAUUCCGUCCAACUUGUAUAUAUAUGAAGAAGUCUAGAUGUAACCGCAGUUUCUAAUGGAAAUUUGCGCUAUUAAUUUUUUAUCGCUUUUUAUACUUCUGCAACAUGCAUUAUUUAAUAUUACAUUUUCUACGAAUUAUAUUGUACUUCUCGAAAAUGCAGCUCCCAAACAUUUCUUAGCUUGAAAAAUCAUCUCAGUAAAAUUAAAUGCCACAGCAUACCACCAUUUUUGCUGUACAUAUUUCACUUUUGGAGUCUACAACACUCUAUACGGUAUUUUUUUGUCGAAAGCCAUGACUUAUUUUAUCUCUGAAUAUUGUCUGUUACUGCCCUUGCUUCGAGAAGAUUCUUGUUUAUCUAGAAAUUUGAUUUGACUAGCAUGUAACUAAUGGCAUUAAGUGGACAUUAAUCUUAAUAUUAUAAUGUUAUUAAUUCACAAGAGUGGAUAAACAUCCUAUCGAAUUCUUUGAUGAUCAUUUCUUGUAUAUGUAUAUGGCCUGCAAGUCAAUAUACGCUUCCUCACAAAGAAA